CGCUCAUCAAGCGUAUACGUAUAGGUUAUGUCUUUUUUAUGUCCUGCAGCAACACUCCAAUGACAGUUUUUUUAUGUUUUUUUAUGUACUUGGCCAUAAUGAACAGCAUAAACUGUUGUUGGCCCGUGCGUGAGAACACCGGAGAUGAACUCCAGCUGAGUUUGAAUUUGCCUGCCUCUCUCGCAGGUCACUGAAGUAUAAAAGGACUCCUUCAUUCCACCACCACGACGUCUCCUGCGCCCGCUGUGUCAAUCGUCGCCGGCGACAUUCACAAUGUCAAAUAAGAUAGUGCCUGGCAUAUACCGCGCGGUCAUAGACGAAGUUAUUUCCGCCAUUAAGCCCGAGUUCGACGAGUACGGCGUCGGCGAAGAAGUUCUCGCAGAGUUGCAGCAUAAAUGGGAAAGCAAAGUGAUCGCAUCGCAUGUUGCAGAGUUUGAGCCACAGCCGCCUCCGCCUCCACAGCACCAUCAUAUGUAUCCUCCUCAUCCUAUGAUGGUCCCUCAUCACCCGCACUACCCUCCUCCGCAUGCAUAUGCCCCGCCUCCUCCCGCGCAAUCUCAAGGUCCGCAAGUCAAAACAGAACCUGUGGAUAGUCGCUACGUCUUGAGUGCUCCUCCGGGCAUGCCAUACGCUCUACCACCACUGCCUGGACCUCAACUGAACGGUAUCAAGACACCAGGUUUCCCUGGAGGACAGCAAGGCGUCCUGUCGUUCCCGCCUCACCCAGGGCACUUGCAACGCCCACCCGUCAUGUCUAGGCCAUACGCGCCUCCAGUCCCACAGCCAGCUGCACCCCCUCAGCCUUCGAACGCACCUGCGGCUGCGUCCGCCGUUGCUACUCCGCCGGCACCUCAAGCUAGAACAACAGGGCAGAAGAUCCCUCAGGUUGAUGGUCCUUCAUCAUCUGAAUCAGAGUCACCUUCUCCUCCGCCCAGCCAGUCAUUCGCGCCCCGCGCAUCUCACCCGUCGCUUCCUCAACCGUCGCAGUCGUCAUCAAUGACCCACACAGAGGACGCCGAGGCGAUCAACAGCGAUCUCGACGACUCGGACACCGAAGCUGAAGAAGAUGCCGAAGAGGGCGGACAAGGCGAGACUGACAUUGUGUUCUGCACAUACGACAAGGUCGGCCGUGUCAAAAAUAAAUGGAAAUGCCUUCUCAAGGACGGUAUGAUCCAUAUCAAUGGAAAGGACUAUCUAUUUGCCAAGUGCACAGGCGAAUUCGAGUGGUAGUCACGAGCUUUGCCACUGCACCUGUCAAAUGUCAUCCGUCAUUGCUCUCCACUCAGCAGUCAUAUAGGGCAUAAGCUUCGUCCUCCUGUCAUAACCCCAGUGUAUUCUAUCAGUAUCAUCAUAAAUCCCAUCGUUUUGACCAAAGC